UUGUUCCUUCCCUCUUCUUUCUUUUCUCUCUUCCUCUUUUGAGCUUUGCUCUCUCAUCUAAGGGAGAGACCAGAAAAAGAAUAGUCAUUUUUACAUUUACCUAAUACAAACAAACCGUCAAGCGCUUCUACAACCAUGGCAUCUGCAAGCAGCUCCGCUCAGGCUGCCUUCGGGCUGGGCCGGAAAAAGAAGAACCCCGGGCUCCUGGAUCAGAUAGGAAAGUUCUUUGGAGGGGACAAGAAAAGGAAGGGCAAGGGUUCUUUCCGAGGUGCUCUCUCUCCAGCCCCUCAGAAAGCGUCUGCCACCUCGCCACGCAAGCGCGGAGCGGAGAACGCCGUGGUCCAUUUCUUCCGCACGAUCGUGUCCCCCGCCCCUCCUAAAUCUAGGUGGAGGGGACUAGCUGCCAAGAUAGGCAUGGGCCACCAGAAGUCAAGCAAGAAGGCCAGCGCAGGGGACGGCAAAGGCACCCUUACUAGGAUCUUCAAAAUGUGAUGAUAUCAGCAGCAAAGGUAGCAGGAGUGCUUCCCCAGCCAAACGCUGAAGUCCCCCCCUCUACAUCCCCUUCCAACACCAAGAGGGUAGAUGUCUGAGAUCACAACAGAGGGAUAAAAAGAAAAAAAAAGGAGGAAAUCUUGACAUCCCCUGAAACUGAGCUGCCUUUUUUUUAACACCCUAAUGUUUGCUAUACCCCCCCCCCCCCCCCCCACCGCUCCACCGCUCCACCGCUCAUUUGGCUGAUAGCCAGCCACACAAUCUCUCCUCCCCUCUGCCAAGCAUCGUACAAAGUGUGUGCCGGUGUGAACUGUCUGAGAUCCUGAAGCCGCUCACGUGUGCAGCCUGAAUGACCCCCCCCCCCCCUUCUUCUCAGUGUGUACAGUUUAAGUUUCUGUCUCGUCUUUGUUGGUUUUCUAACAGAAAGGUGGCUAAACGGAAGCAGGCCUGGAGCAGCUGAGGGUGCAGGCCGGUGCAAGUACCACUGACUUGACCGUUGUUGCCGUUCGCCGAUUGGUCGAGAAGACCAGGUCGCUUCUGGGUUAGAAAAGGGACGUUUUCUGUCUGGUCUCUCUGUCUGCGUCACUCCCUCGAACCUUUCCUCCGAGCAUCGCUUUGUGAACAGCGUAACACUUUGUUUAUGUUGUGCUACAGCCAUCUUUGUCUUCCCGUGUCUCCAUGCCCCUCGUGUGAAGCGUCCUGUUAUGAACGUAAUGUUUUUUUUUUUUCACCAAUUAUAGGCUGGCUGGUAGUUUUGCGCAAAAGCAAAAAAAAAGAGACGUAUAUCCCCUCUUUAGUUGACUAAUAAUUGACAUUUUUCCGUGUCCGUAACCACCUCAUGUGAUGGGGAAGUUUCCCCACAUUAAAAACCAAAUCUGAACCCCGAUGUCGCAGAUGCGCUUUAAUGCUUUAAUGUAGUCUGCUGUUGGUUGUUGGCCUUGUUUCUAUCACAUACUUAGAGCUAAAUUCAGUUCCCAAUAAAAAUGUGCCUUUCCUCCUGACUGCCAAAAAACCAAUUAGCUGUGUUUCCUUCUGGAGAAUAAAUAGAUAAAGCAAAACAACACAGUUUUCAUAAAGGUGCUCUGUGAUUAACUCGUUUAUGACACAAUAUAAAGUUGUUGUUGUUUGUUUUUUCCCUUGAGAAUGUGCACGUUUUGUGUAAAGAAGAUUUAAAAAGACAAAGAUGAUAAAAAAAAAAAUGCUCCAUCCUUUCUGUUUGCUUGAGCCUUGUGUGAGUUCAGUGUGGGUUGUUUUGUUUCGUUUCUUUUACUGAAUGGAUCCCAGGAAUGAAUGUAAACAAACCUCCUCAUUACUGUACGUGUAAUAAAACGUGACCGGCCUCUUAACUGAGCAUGAAAAAAUAAAAAAUACAUAAACCAACCAUA